UCAUGCCUACUUUUACAAUUCACGGAUAAACGAUUUCAGCCAGCUCAUGACUUGACCAUUGGCGUGGAAUUUGGGGCCCGGUUUGUGGAUGUUGAAGGGAAAAAAAUAAAACUCCAAAUUUGGGACACGGCCGGACAGGAGUCUUUUAGAAGUAUAACGAGAAGUUAUUAUCGCGGUGCCGCUGGGGCUUUGCUAGUCUACGAUAUCACCAGGCGAGAAACUUUUGAAAACUUGCUCAUCUGGCUUGAAGAUGCACGCCAGCACUCCAAUUCAAACACAACGAUAAUGCUUAUCGGGAACAAGAGUGACCUAGAAUCCAAGCGCGCCGUCUCUUACGCGGAAGGUGAAGCGUUUGCCCGACAACAUGGAUUAUUUUUCAUGGAAACAUCCGCAAAGACGGCAGAGAACGUUGAAGACGCAUACAUCGAUACCGCCAGGGACAUUUACGAGAAAAUCAAACAAGGCGUCUUUGAUGUUACUAACGAGGCAAACGGAAUCAAAAUCGGCGGUCAUUUGCAAGGAGGAAAUUCUCUGCCUCUCAACGUCACAACCAAUGGUAAUAAUUGUUGUGCGUAG